AUCUGCCUGCAGCUCUGUGACAGUUGGGAUAUUUUUCUCUUCACCUCUUCCUCCUCCUCCGUCGGCAACUCCUGUCAAAGCAGCGCGGUUGUCGCUAAGGCGAUCGAUCUAACCUACGAAUGACAAGGGCCUGAUGUGGUUGGAAUCCGGACCCCUUUCACCUCCACGCCGAGGCCUAGGCGGUGGCUCCUGCUGAGCGGCGGCGGGAGCGCGGCUCGCUGGAGACCGAGCGAAGGCGGCCGUUAUAUUUUGAACUUGCUUUGAACUGCCGGUGACGUUCCCCUCACAGAGCCGGUUGGGGCAGGGAAGAACGGAACUGGCGCGGAUAGAGCUGUGGCCCCGGAGCCCGCGGGCGGCCUGGCACCGCCGCCCGACACAGCUGCCCUACCCGGGCUUAAACCCCGUGCCCGUCUGUUUAUUUUCGACGGGUCGUUGGGAUUUAGAGCAUUUUGAAAUGUAGUUAUAACAGCAACCAUGAAGCAUCAGAAAGAAAAAAAUUGUUGGCAAUAUUCAUGAUACUAUCAAAAGUGACUAAACCAAGAUAAUCAUGGUGCUGUCCUAAGUGUUUUGGACCUUCCUAAAAUAAAAAGAUGACCGAGGUGCAAGCAACAGUGGAAUUCUCGGUGAAUUACACAAGUUUUAUAAUGUGGACCUUUCCAGAGGGGGGGUUUUACCAGAUACGUGCAACAAUGAAAUUGCCUCCCAGAGUUCCUCACAAGUUGGAGGCAAGUCUACUGAAUCCAGCAGGUUCUGAACUUGCCUUUCCCGCUGCUGUCCAAGAUUGUAUAGCCUGCAGUAAAACCUUUCAGAUUCUUUAUAAAAAUGAAGAGAUUGUUGUUAAUGAUGUGUUACUCCUCAAAGUUAAAAUGUUGCUUGAUAGCAAAAAGAUUGAAGAAUCCCUGAAUGAGAUGGAUUUCCAAUUGUCUUUAGAUCUCAAUUUUACCGAUAAAGAUUUUACAUUUGAUGACCUGAACUCUCUACAACUAAUUAGUAGUCGGACAUUGAAGCUGCACUUCAAUUUACAUCGAGGACUUCAUCACCAUGUCAAUGUUAUGUUUGAUUAUUUCCACCUCUCUGUCGUAUCAAUCACUAUACAUGCCUCCUUGGUUGCACUUCACCAGCCUCUAAUAAGCUUUCCUCGUCCAAUGAAGAAUACUUGGUUGAACAGGAAUGCCCCAGUGCAAAGCAAAGAUUAUGCCAUUCCAUCCCUCGAGUGUGUGGUUUUUGGAAGUAAUUAUACAAAACAACUAUUACCUGAUGGAAGCAACUUUGUGGUACCAGAAACCUGCAUGCAACAUGCCUACAAUUUCCAUUAUAGUCUCUGUUCAAGCUUACUACUGGCUUAUAAGGGCCUUUUCAACUACUUCGUUGUGGUCACAAAAGAAUUGCCUUCAUCUCGCAGGAUGGAACUAGCCAUGACCAACAUGCAGGUCCUUUAUGAACGACUUCUCAGAAGAAAAUAUCCAAGAGCGCAGAGGGACACCUUAAUAGAGGAGAUUGAUGUUGAUGCUAGACUUGCAGAUCUUUGUAAACAAAUAAAGCAGAAAGUGGAAAAUCCUGAUGAGCUACCAGAGUGGGUGAACAUGGAUCUUGCACAACUUUGUUCUUUGUUGAUGGCUCUUUGGGCACAGUUUUUAGAGAUUGUGUCACUGCAAGGAGAAAUUUCAGCUUUAUUAGCAAAGGAACAUCAUGCACUUCGAGUAAGAAGAUUUUCAGAAGCUUUUUUCUGCAUCGAACACCCAAGGCAAGCAGCCCUAGCAUAUCAAGAAUUGCAUGCACAAAGUCAUGGGCAGAUGGCUGCAGCUGUAAAGAAUUCUACCUAUUUUAAUUCCCUUCCACCUCUUCCUGUGGAAUGUGCAGAACUAGAUGGCGACUUCAAUUCACUGCCCGUUAUCUUUGAGGAUCGAUAUUUGGAUUCAUUUCCAGAAGACUUGGAUGUUCCCUGGAGUGGAGUUCAGAAUUUAAGAAGAUCAUCUUUUUCUGUCAAACUGGAAAAAUCUGACUCAAAAGACUGUAACCCUUCAAGUUUUUCUAGUCCUGAUUUUAAAGCAAGACCAGCAAGCAUCUACCAUGUUAAGCAUACAGAAAGUGAGAAGCCAUUGACAAAGCAGCACAAGACAAAAGCUGAAGAGCAUAGCAAAUCAAAAGUAAAAGUCGCAAAACUUAAGAAGACAACUAAGUCUGACAACAGCAAAAAAUUAGUAAAACAAAAUUCCAAGGAUUCAGUGAUAUUGGUUGGCUAUAAGUGCUUAAAAAAUUCAAACAUGGGAGAAAACAGUAAAUCUGAAGGUGGGCUUUCAAUAUGUCCAAAAGGUGGGCAGGUACCCACAAGCAGAGGACCUGAUAAUAGGGCAAAAGUAAAUAGUGAGUUAUUAUGUCAGCAUAAAGAACUGAUACCUCUUCUAUCAAGUAUGGAAAAAAAUGCAGAGACUAUAAAAGCUAAAAACCUCAAUGAAUUUGGUUGCAACAUUAAUCAUCACAAAAUGGAACCUUGCACAUAUGCAUCAUCCGACGUAUUCCAGGCAGGUCCUGAGGCUUCAGCUGUGUGUGCAAGAUCUACUAAAAGUUCAUUAGAUUAUUUAAAUAGGCAGCAAAUAGCACCAGCAUCAGGAGUCAAAUGUAUUCAAGUCAAACCACAAACUAAAUGCACAUAUGAAGGGGAAAAAGUAACAGUCUUAACAGCUCCCAAGUUCCCUAUUAAAAAUGAUGACCCAGGGCUUUGUCCAUCUCCUGAACCUCAGCUCCUGGAUUCUAAACCUAAUUAUUUACUGUUGGAAAAAGAUCCACUACACCCUGCUGCUUCUGAAAGUGCACUACCGAAUGUAUGUACAAAGCCUUUUAAUUUGGUUGUAAGUGGGGAUGCUGUUAAAUUGCCAGAUGUUUAUGUCACAUGCUCUUCUUCCAGAAUUUCAGAUUCAGGCAUUGAAAGUGAACCUAGUUCUUUUGCAUUUCAACCAGAUUCCGAUUUGGCCUCUGAGCCAGUUUUGGAAAAGGCUGCAUUUAGUGAAAAGUCUUGUAUGCAGCUGCUACUUAAACCAGAAUUAAGUUUGAGGAAUGUGAUUGAAGGCCACUGUACAGAGAGUACAAGUGCUGUAAGUGAAAUACAAUCGUCUUUGACUUCUAUAAAUUCCUUACCAUCAGAUGAUGAUGAUGCACAACCGGUUGAUGAAAGCUUGAAAGUUGCUGCUAUUCUUGCAAAACAAACAAUCGAUGAACAACCAAAGCUCGUAUCAGCUGAAUUAGACCAGUUAAAAUCAAAAAUGAAAAAAUCCAAUGUCAUAGUUCAAGAAGAAAGUGUUACAUUCUUUGAAUGUUCAGGGUCUACAAAAUCAGCUCCUCAAGCUUCUGUAUUUUCUGAAGAAUUUUGUAACCGUGUAGCUAGUCAGAAAAUAACACCAAGAAUCAACAGCAAAAUAUUGACUCUGAAGUUAUUCAUCUUGAUGAACAAGCUGUCCUACCUCAGAUGUGACAGAAAUGGCCAGAGUGUGGAUUCAGAAUUGCAUCCUAAAGAGCUUGCAGAUGUCAUUCAAGUGUUUGAAAUUCCACUUCUUCAAGAGGCAGAUGAUAGAGUGCAGACAAACUUCUCAGCUGCCAGCAGCGUUGACAUUGUGAAACAAGGAUUAGUAGAGAAUUAUUUUGGAUCUAGAAGCAGUACGGAUCUUUCUGAUAUUAGUCCUGGUGGUUGUGGCAGCUGCCCCACAAGUCCUCAAAAGGAGACUUCUGGUCCUGUUACUCUUGCGCAAGUAGAAGACGAUGAGGAACAAGAAAUGAUAGAAAAUGGUUAUUAUGAAGCUGACGACGAUACUGUUUGUGAUGGAAAUGAUAUGGUCAGAUCUGAGCUAAUUAAUACAGAUCAUACUACAGGAGCAAGCUUACCAGGGCCAUGCAUUCCCACUUGUUUAUCAUUUUCAUCAGUUGUCAGAGAUUCCCCAUCUAUGAGUGGAAUAUCUUCUAGAAGUAAACUUGAUGCAAUUACAAAACAACCUAUCAGUGCUGUCUCGAGCUGUGUUACAUCAGUUUCCUGGUAUGAGGAUGCUGCUUCAAAAGAACAAAUGCACGUAUUCCUCCAGGCCAAAGAAGAGUUGAAGCUACUGAAGUUUCCUGGUUUUAUGUACAGUGAUAUUCCUGACUUAGCUUCCAAAAUCCCAUACUUCAGCUUGGAGAGCGAUGAGAACUUGGAUGAUGGCAUUCAUCUAAUAGUUUGUGUCCAUGGAUUGGAUGGAAACAGCGCAGACCUGCGUUUGGUAAAAACUUAUAUUGAACUCGGAUUGCCGGGGUCUCAGAUAGAGUUCCUUAUGUCAGAGAGGAAUCAGAACGACACAUUUGCAGAUUUUGAUUCCAUGACUGAUCGACUUUUGGAUGAAAUAAUACAAUAUGUUCAGAUUUACAACCUUACAGUCUCCAAAUACAGUUUUAUAGGACACUCUUUAGGAAAUUUAAUCAUUCGAUCAGUACUUACAAGACAAAGAUUUAAAUUUUACUUGAACAAAUUGCACACGUUCCUUUCUUUGUCUGGGCCUCACCUGGGGACCUUGUACAACAGCAGCGCACUUGUCAAUACAGGACUCUGGUUUAUGCAGAAGUGGAAGAAGUCCGGGUCCCUACUGCAACUGACUUGUAGAGAUCAUUCUGAUCCUCGGCAAACUUUCCUAUACAAACUCAGUAAAAAAGCUGGUCUCCAUUACUUCAAAAAUGUGGUGUUAGUUGGCUCGCUACAAGAUCGUUAUGUCCCUUACCAUUCUGCUCGAAUUGAGAUGUGCAAAACUGCUUUAAAGGAUAAACAAUCGGGACCAGUAUACGCUGAGAUGAUCCAAAAUCUUCUUUCACCAGUGUUGGAAAAUAAGGAAUGUAAUUUGGUCCGAUAUGAUGUCAUCCACGCAUUACCCAACACAGCUACAUUAAUAGGACGAGCAGCUCACAUUGCUGUUCUUGAUUCAGAAAUUUUUUUAGAGAAGUUUUUUCUGGUUGUGGGCCUUAAAUACUUUCAGUAAGAAUGUGUGCCAUAAAACUGUUACCUCUUUAUUCAAAGAAACACAAUUGAUCCCAGAACAUAGUCUCUACCUAAAAAAAGACUAUUUGUACAUUUUUGUAUUAAAAACAAUUUACAUUGUUUUUGGAGUUGGUUAAAAGGUCCGAAUAUGUUUUUGCCUGUUGGUUUGUGCUGUGCAAUACCAAUUUUAUAUUUUUAUUGGUCUUAUGUACUUACUUUGGUUGUGUUUUUGUGUACUUUUCAGAAAUUUUAUUUUGCCUUUUGAAGUAUCAGUUAAUAGUUGAAAUUAUCAGGGUGCACUGUUUAUAUUUUUAUUUUCUAAUUUUUUAAAGUUAAUAUUCAAUUACUAAGUUAGAGGUAAAACACUAAUUUAAUUCAUGACUUCCAAAGAAAGCAUUUUCAUAUAAUCUAUUGGGAGCCUGUUGUACGUUACAUUUGUUAACGCGGACUUUGGCAACUGGAAACCCUGUAAAAAGCUGCUAUAUAUUUAUAGAUUUUUAACAUCGCUCAACUUAGGAAAUUUACAGAUAUGUUUUUCAUUUCAUGCAGUCUUUCUGCAUGGACCAAAAAUUGUCUUAUUCAUACAUUCAUAAGCAUGUAUAUUUUGUCACUGUCAAGUUUUAAACCAGUUCACAAAUGUCUGCAAUACAUUUUUAUACAGAAAACAUUCUCCUACAACUUUUAACCAUACCUGUGGAGCAUUACUACUUUUUCUACUGCUGAAGUGGAAAGACUUUUUUGCUACGGAACUUUUAGAACUGAAGUAACUAUUUUCAAAUCUUCUAAUAUUCUGUAUGUUGAUUAGAACUUUUCACUCUCAUGCUAGUCUGAUAAUGUUGAUUUGAAAUGAUUUUUACUGCAUGAUGGUAUGAACUGAACACAAUGAGCCCAGCAUAUACAAAGGAUUUAAGUCAAUACAUUCUGAGGGAGUAGUUGUGAAGAGCCUAUAUUUUAGCAUUUGUUUAUUGAACCACCUAUUGGCCUGAUUGCUGAGAUUCUUAUAUGUCAAUUUAUUCAUCGACAUUACUAAAAAAGUUAUCCCUUGUUAUAAUUAUAUUUUAAAAUGAUAUGAAAGGUAUGUUACAGUGAGAGGUCAUUUCACGUGGCUUCUCUGGGGAGCUGGAAGCACUGCAUGUGAUAUCACUUGUUGUGAUAUAUCAGUAUUCCAUCAGCUAGGCAGGGGCAGGAUUUAGAAGAUUGAAAUAGACACAGUAAAAUAUUUUAUUGAUUUAACAAAAUUUAAAAAUUGUGACAAUUGGGCAUGUUUUACUCUAAUUUCUGAGUGGAAAACUUUUCCAAUUGAUUUAUUUUGAUUAUCCUGAUUAACAGUAGGAUGCAUAACAUGGUUUAUGGGUUACUGCUGUAUAUACGACAAUGCCAAGGAAAAGGCAUGUGGUGCUGUGACAUGUGCUUUUUAACAAAUUUCUAUUGAAUUUAUAUUGAAACACUACAUCCUUAUAAGUAGGGCAUGUCAUUUGAUUGUAGCCUUAUUUUCAAACACCUACAAUGCAUAAGCAACCAUCAUUGUACCAGCAGCAGUUAAAUAUUAAACAUAUUGUAUAUUACUGUAUUGUGCAAAUUAAAAUAUCUUUCUUUUAUAUUUUUCAUUUCCAAAUCUAACAUUGCUUUCCUUUAAAAUCCACAAGUUUUUCCCUGAUUUUCCUGCAGGAGGGAGAUCAGUGACUUUACACCACAAAUGAUGCCAUCUACAAUGCAAGUUAACAAUUUUACAUUUAAGGUAUUCUGAAUCGGAAGUAGUAGAACCAGUGACCACUUCAGUUUUCAGUGGAAACGAUCAUUGUAAUAUGGGCCCAUUUCUCAGAAAGGAAACCAGGACGAGGGCAAGUCUGAUAAACACUGGUAAGACUGGGACUUUUAUCUCUCAAAAGAAGUUUGAGAGGUGGACAUCUUUAAAAUUAAAAUAGAUAUAUAGUGAUUUGGCUUGGGAGGGAUACCAAAAGAUAGUCACAGAUAAAUUCAGUAAGGAAUUGAGCCAAAACAUGUUUAAAUGUGGAAAUUAUUCCCAAAUGAAAUAAUUGAAGUAAAUGUUACUGAUGCACUUAUGGGGAAGUUAUAAAACAUGUUUUAGAGAAAAGGAAGGUGAAUAUAAUAUGCUGAGAAGAAAUAAGGUGAAAGAAUGCUUGGAGUUUUAACUCGAGCACAGACCAGUUGGGCUGCUCCUGUGCUAUAAAUUUGUUGUAACUGUUGGAGAAUUGUUACCAGCUCUCAGGCAACCCUGGGCAUUUCUCUUUUAAAUUAGAAAAUAGACUGCUUGAAUAUUGAUAUUUUCACCAUCUUAGAACACCCCAAAGUGCUUUACAACCAUUAAAAGGCUUUUAAAGUGUAAUCACUGUUGCUGUGUUGAAAAGCAAUGCAACCAAUUUGUGCACAGCAAUAAUUAAUCCCAUAGUAAUAUGAUUUGCUUGUGGGAGUUCUUAGUUACCUUCUUUCUUCUCUGACAUUUUUAAAAAAUAUUUGGCUGUACUCCUCCCUGAAGCCCAUCCAUUCAUUUGAACUUCCAUCACAAGGCAGGCAUGGUGCUCAACAGUCUGUACAACUCCAUUCCACAUUGCAGACUGGAACCAGGAAUCAGGAAUCAGGAUGGCACCUUGGAUAAAUGCCUGUUGGAGAAUAAAUUCUUUAACAUUUUUAAUAAUUUUUGAAAGCACACACAGUUUAAAAAUUUCCAUGCGAGGUACUUAUUUGAAUCUUGAGCAAUGCCAAUCCAAGCCUGUAUGUGCUACUUUGCCUUGAAGAUAAAUAAAAUCCCAACUGAAUAUUACUUUGUAGGUAUCCUAUUUAAAAACAAUCAUUCUUGCUAUGAUUAAGUUGGAUUUUAUCCUUAGGUUAUUAAACAAAAGAUGCUAGCUUAUGUCUUGUCUUAAAUCCUAAAACAUUGUUUUCUUGGUCACCCUUGGUUCCUCCAUUUACUCAUCACUCAUCAUAGCUCUUGACCUGUAAAGUGACUUUAAACAAAAUGCCUAACAUAGGACUUAACAAUUCCGAGCUUAGUGACGGCUGAACCCUAAUCGCUAUAUGAGCUGUUGUGUAUUUAAAAUAAAAAUGCAUAAAACAUUGUAGUUGCCAUUGUAACAAUACACAAAUUGAAAGUGUUUCUGAUCUGCUCACUU